AUGAUUUUAUUUUAUAAUCAUAGCAAGAGAGUUUCGUGCAAUAGGAAACAUAUUUGCAAUGCGAGGGUUCAGUGUGUACCACCAAUUAGUAGGAACGUGCUCCCAUUAUCUGAAAGCACAAAGAAAGUGAAUGAAUGGCACCCCUUCCAAGUGAAUCCAUAUUCAGAAAAUGACAGCAGUCAUGAUCAAGCACGCAAAAAUGAUCAAUCGACAAAGGAUAUUAUAAAUGGAAGUGACGAGGUUCUGGUUGUUGCGGACAAAAUCGAAGAUGUUUGCUCAGAAACUGUGGCGCAAGGAAUUCUCCAGGCGGCUAUUUCAAACCACUUGAUUUUAAAAAACUUUACGAAAGGGAAAUUUAACAGAUCAUUUAAUAGUGCCGACUUGUUUUUGCUAGCAAACACAAACGGCCUGACAAUGCAUCAUGCUAGUAUGGAGGAUGAAGAUGAUAAUAGCGAUCCUACCGUUCGAGACCACUUAACCUCUCUGUCUAGAAAUCUGUCGAGUUUUCAUCUACAAAUUGACGAGAUACCUAAAGAUGGAGAUUGCGCCUUUCGUAGUAUUAUUAGGACAUUAAGUUCCGCCUGCGGGGAAGAUCAUAAUGAUUUGUUGAGUCAUCUCAAACACAUAGGUCUUAUGAAAUCCGAGGAUGAAGACACCGCAGUGCUACGUGAGUGCUUUGUAGAAGAAAUCCUAAAAGAGGACAACGAGUUACUAACCUUUCUUCCAACUCAAGAUAGGUACACGAUAUUUCAAACGGCGCACCUGUUUAAAAGGCGAGGCGUGUUUGACACAGCCCUAGGUGACUUUGUCAUGAAAGUCUGCGCAGAGAUCCUUCGGAUACCAAUCAUGGUGGUUACGUCAUUGACAUCCUUGCCGUACAUUCCAUUCCUUCCGAGCAGACCCCUGUCCAGUACGUUUAUUCAUGUGGCUUAUCAUUAUUAUGGAGCAGGUCACUAUGAUGCCACA